UCUUCCCCUUUUCUUGUUCGCUUCAAAUUGGUCUCAUUCCUUCUCACACCCUUCUUCGAAUCAUUCAUUUCCCUCUCUCCCCCUUCGUUUUCUAGGGUUUUUCUGAAUUUUCCCAUCAAUUUUUUCUCGCUCUUGACAGUUCUGACGUGGGUAAUCACCGGAGGAAGUCCAUUUUUGUGAUUUUCGAGCUUCUGGUCGGGGGUUUUGCCACCGAUGACAUAUUGUGAGACGGAUAACGGCCGGAGAGGGGAAGUGGUGGCGGAGGAUAUCACGGUGGGGAUUGGAUGUGAUGAUGGUAAUGGGGACUAUGUUAGGUUGGGACAGAACCCUUGUAACUGUGAAGCUGAGGUCUCGUCUGAUGGGGGUGCUUCUCAGCAGCCUUGUUCUCCAGGAAGGUCCUUGUGGCUUUGGUUUCGUUUGGUGGUGUUGUUCAUUUUCUUGGUGUCAUUAGCUGUUGUUUUUUUCAAAUGGGUUGGACCAUUCUUCAUGAAUAAGGAAAUAAUACCGAUUAUAAACUGGGAAGCUGAAACGUUUAGUACUCCGGUGCUGGCAGUUCUCGUUUUCGCCUCGGUUGCACUGUUCCCUUCAUUGUUUUUGCCAUCUUCACCUUCUAUGUGGCUGGCAGGGAUGACAUUUGGUUAUGGUUUUGGGUUCCUGUUAAUUAUAUCAGCAGUAACUAUUGGUGUAUCACUUCCAUAUUUCAUUGGCUCCCUAUUCUAUCGUAAAAUUCAAGGAUGGUUAGAAAAAUAUCCUAAGAGAGCUUCAGUUUUAAGAUUAGCAGGCGAAGGAGACUGGAUUCAUCAGUUUCGCGCGGUUGCACUAAUUCGAAUUUCACCGUUUCCUUACAUAGUAUAUAAUUACUGUGCUGUAGCAACAAAUGUCAGAUAUGGUCCGUACAUCUUGGGGUCGCUGAUUGGAAUGGUGCCAGAAAUAUUUGUUACAAUAUACACUGGCAUUUUAAUCAGGACAUUGGCAGAUGCUUCACAAAAUCAGCAGUUCCUCUCGGCCCCGCAGAUCGCAUUCACGAUCGUCGGAUUUUGCGUUACUGCAGCCACGACGGUUUUCUUCACUGUAUAUGCAAAAAGGAAACUCAACGAAUUGCAGACAGAAGACGAACAAUUAUUGCAGUAGUGAGGCUAAAGUUACUUAUUAUUUGAGCACAUAGAGCCACUGGACAAAUGGUUGCAUCGAUCGAACAAUUUCAUAUCCAUGUUCGGUUUCAAAGAAGCUUCGAGUGAAGGUAAACAAAGAACUAUCCAAAUAUCUUACACUAGAUAUCGUAAAUCGAUUAUGAAACUCACACCAAAAGCAUCAAAAUGAAACGAAACGAAACAAGUAUGUUGUCUUUUAUCACUUCGUCUGCUUUGAAAUCUCGAUUUGUAGUGGUUGGAAUGAGGUAUAAUGAAGUGAAUUAGAUUGGAUUUAGGCAAAUGCAGGGUGGUGGUCUGUAUAUGAAAUGUUGUAGUGUUGUUUGCUGAUUAUAGUACAUAAUAAUAUUCAUUCUUCUGCUGCUGAAUAGUUUAACAGUGAAUCAGUGUGUACAAUUCCCAUAAUUGUUGGCCUCACAUGGAAGUUCUUUGUGUUUGCCUUUA